AUGUUCUGCUAUGAAAAAUAUGGUGAACACAUCACUGAAGAAACAGUCAAUAGUAAUCAAAAAAAUGACAAUCAUUUGUUGAAAAGUGGUGAUUUCAUAUCCAAACCAAUUAAAAGUACAAGAUGUACAAUCAAUGAAAAUAUAUUACAACUUCAUCAUUCUUUUGGAUAUGAUUGUUGUUCUAAAAUGUUCAAUAUAUGUGCAGCAGACAAGCAUACAGUUGUGUAUGCAGCAGGUAGUUAUAUAAUUAUGUUUGACAUCAAUGAAGGAAAAUUUAAUUUUAGAAAAUGUGCCGGCAAUGGAGGAAUAGGAUAUAUAGCUAAAAAUCCAGUUUUGAGCCACAUUGCGGUAGGAGAAAAUUGUUCUAAUCCACUGAUUAUUGUGUACGAAUGGCCAACAUUUGAAAUAAUUAGUGUUCUCAAAGGCAGUGCCAAACAACAAAACAAUUGGUUAUCUUAUAGCCAAAAUGGUGAAUAUUUGUGUUCACAAGCGGGGGAACCUGAUAAUACUUUAACAAUUUGGGAUUGGAAGAAAUCGAAAAUAGUUUUGAGGACGAAGUCACAUAAUCAGAAUGUGUACGUUUGUAGAUUUUCGAACUUUAUAUCUGACCACUUGGUAACUGCGGGGUUAGGACAUUUAAAAUUUUGGAAAAUGGCAAAAACAUUUACUGGAUUAAAGCUUCAAGGCCAGCUUGGAUGUUUUGGAAAAACGGAAGUAUCAAACGUCAUUGGAAUUUACUCUAUGCCUGAUGAGAAAGUAAUAUCCGGAUGUGAUUGGGGUAAUAUUUUGGUGUGGGACAAAGAAUUCAUCGAUGUCGAAGUGACGAGGAAAUUUAGGAAACCGUGUCAUUCAGCGCCGAUCAUCAUGUUUUUGUACUCCGAAAAUGACGAGUUGUUGACGAGCAUCAGCAUGGACGGUUCAAUCAAAUUCUGGUAUUAUCAUACAAUUGAUUCAGCCGACCCGCCUGAAAAUGACCGUGUACUGGAAAUGGAACCUUCGUUUACGAUUAAUGUUCAAGACAAUGUGGGUAACGCAAAAAUCAUGGGUAUGUGUAAGGUUGACGACGGCGACCACAAAUCGAACGAUUAUUUCAUUCAGGAUGGUAAUGGGGGAAUAUGGCUUGCUGAUAUCGAAAUGGCCGCAAACGCAAAACCGCUUAGACGGCUAGCAAAGUUUCACGGUGGUGUUAUAACUUCUUUGCAACCAUCGCCUGUCGGUUAUUUUAUUGCUACCACUUCGUUGGACGGUUGGAUCCAUAUCCACGAUGUCACUAACAAAAAGUUGAUAUUCACCUACGAUUUCAAAAUACCAAUCACUUCGUCAAUUUGGUUACCCCUGCAGAUUGCUAGUUCGGGAGAUAUCUUCGUGAUCGGAUUUCAAAAUGGAAUUUUAAAAAUAGUUGCCGUACCCCUCAAAAAAUGUAUUGAAGAAAAAAUAUUAAAUCUUAGCGAAUUAAUUGAAAUACAAAGUUCAAAACCUCAUACUAGUGCUGUCAGACAUUUGUCCAUAAACCCUAGCGCCAAAACUCUUAUAUCUGGAAGUGACGAUAAUACAAUAUUUGUCUAUAAAAUAAAAACUGAACCUAUCAAGUUGAGUCCUAUUGGAAUGUUUCCAUUACCUGGAAAAGUCACUUUUAUUCAUUGGAAACCUUCAGAAAAACAAAUGGUAUUAAUAAGUUGCGGUACUGGACAUAUUAUAGAAGUAAAAGUUCCUGCAAGCCGUCCAUCGUACACUACCGAAUCAUUUUUGUUAAAACUUGAAUCACGUGUAAUACAAACUAUGAGUAUUAAGUCAGAAUUACAACGUCAACAAUAUUUUUUUGAUUUGGAGAACAAAAAAAAAGAGAAAAUUAAUAAAAAAAUGGAGAAAUUGAAAAAUAUUAGAGAAAAAAAUCCCGAUCUAGACAUUAAUGAAAUGUUAGAUUUUGAAGAUUCUGAAGAAGGCAAUGAGCCGCCAAAAAUCUUUAUUCCACCAUUACCGAACCCCGUAUUGUUUGCAAUAUACACUCCAUCCGAGAAAGGUAUAUGGGUGUCGAUUGAUGGAUAUGAUGCUGGUUAUUUAUAUGAAUAUGAUUUUAACACGUCUGAACCAGUAACUAAUGCCCAUAUAAUAAUACCGUAUAAAAAUAAUAUUCCACUAACUGCGAUUACAAUGUUUGGGACUGAUCCAUUAACAAUUUUAAUGGGGUUUGCUGAUGGUAGAAUACGCCUUACAAAUGUUCAAGUAAAAGAUGUAUCAGAUUUUGGUGACUAUAUUGAAUAUUCAAUCCACGAUAACAUAAAAGGAAGAGUAAAUAUGUUGUGUUUCAGUCAUGAUAACUGUAUGUUAUACACUUGUGGUGAUGAUGGAAACAUUUUUAGUUUUAUGUUUCAAUGUAAUAAUAAGGUCAUUGAGAAGUGUAUGUCUUCAAUUUCUAAAUUUCCUCAGCCAUUUAUAUUGGCUGAAGAAAACAUUUUAACUGAUAAAGAAGACCUAAAAUUAAGUUUGGAAGAGAGAAAGAUUCAUAAAGAAAAUCUUAAAGCUUUAAACUUAUCUAAUAAAGAAAAGGAUAAGACUAAUUGUUUAUUAAAUGAAUUGAGAGAAAAGUUCAAACAAGUUAUAGUCAGCAACAAGUCAUUACCAGAACCAUUACAAUUAACUGAUGAUUAUUUUCAAUUAGAUGAGCGAAUUAAUAGUUCACUUAUUGAAGAAGCACAAUCUGAAAUGGAUAAAUUACAUUUGAAACUAGCAUUUGAUUAUGAAAAGAGUUCAUUAGGUUUUAAAUAUUUAAAAAAUUAUUUCAUUGAUCCAAUUAUAACUAAUACAUUUGCAGUUAAAGCAAUUUUGAGAAAUGUAGUAGUUAAAACAUUAUACCAUGAAAUGCGUCAUAAUUUAUUUAGUAGUUUAGUAGAAGAAUUUGUAUCUAAGAAACUUAAAUUUCCAAAACAAUUACUUGAGGAAAUAAAAGUUCCAAACAGUGUAAGAAAACGUGGAUCGACGGUAUUAAACAAAGGAGCUCACAAUCAAAUUCAUAAUGUAUCUGAAUCAGAAAUAUUUCUUCGAAAUGUACUUGAAGAGUAUCCUUCUUUACCGAAGAAAAUUCAAAGUGCCAUUGAUAGGUUUGCUUCUAGAAGAAAUUUUGAAAAUCAAGAAAUUCUUAAAAUUCUAAACAUGUAUAACAAUAAGCCAGAUAAUAAUACUAUUGAAGAAGAAGCAUUACUAGAUAAUGCUUGGAAUACUAUUGGCUAUAUGAACUUAAAAACAGGAUCGGAUUUCAAAUUGACUGAAAAUGAAAUAGUUACAAUGGAAGAUAAAUUUGAACAAUACAUUAAUGUUAAAAAAGAGGCUUAUAAUUUGAAAACAACUUUUAAUGAAAAAGUGUUAGACCUUAGACUACGUAAAAUAAGUUUAAUACAAGAUUACAAACAAUUCAAGUUUGAUGUUUGUAUGAUACAAAAGGAAUUGAAUGAUCCAGAAAUAAUGACUGCAUCAAAUUUCCCUGAAGUUGUAUUGGAUGAAUUUAUCGAUCCUAGCUUGAUUGAUCCAUUUGAACCUAUUGUUCAUUGGGAUCCAACAAAUUUGAUUUUAAAACCAGAAAAAAGUCAUAUUAUGCAUAAGAAUGCAAUUUUUGAUGAGCUUACUAAUCUAGAAAUCAUUAUGCAAAAUACGAGAAAAGAACAAUUGAAAUAUAGACAUAUGUGUUUACAUGAAACGAUGUUAACAAAAAUCAAUAUGUUUGAUGACGAUGUAAUGGAAUUGUAUAAAAUGCGAAAAGAUGUUAGGCUCCGAAAUAAAUUUCUUGAUUUAUUGGCUUUAACAUUUGAAGAAGAAUUGAUUAUUUUGAAUGAUUUUGAUUUAGCUGAAGAUAAAUAUUUACAGAAUGUAUGCCUUAAAAUAGGUUUACAAAAUGAUAAAGUUAAUCAAAUACAAAACAUUCAAGAAGAAAUCAAAAAUUUGAAUGAUAUUAUCAAUAAUGAGUCAAAUAUGUUAAUAGAUAUUCAACAUACUUUUGAUAUGGAAAUUCGAAAUGAUGGGUUUGCUAAAUAUUUUAAAAAAAUUUUUAAAAAGAAAUUGAAAAUACCUAAACUCAAAUCUGAUGACGCUGAAGAUACACUUUCGUCUUCUUCGUCUGGAGGAAGUGAUGAAUCCGAUUCGGAAUUUAUUAAUGAAGGUGCAGAAUCAUUCACGGCAAUUAGUCGAGUAACCGUGUUUGAUGAAAAAGUAUUACCAUUAGGUUGUGAUCCAAAAUUAUUAAAUAUUACAUUUGAAUUGAGGUCAAAACGAUAUGAAAUUGAAAAAACCAUAGAGGAUAAUAAUAAAAAAAUUGAUGUUCUUAAUACACGUUUAAGUUUAACUUAUGAAGAAUUUGAUGCCAUUGAAAAUGAAUUAAAACAAAACAUAAAUGAACUAGAAGCAUAUCGGGUAAAAAAACAAUUGAAACUAAAUGAUGUUAAAACUACAAUUGUAUUAAAUAAAUCUCAAAUGACUAAAGCUAAAUUAUUGAAAAAUUGUAUCGUAUUAUAUGAAAAUGUUAUGCAAGAUCUGACAAAUAGAGUAAUAGAGUUGAAAAAAGAAAAAAAAGAGAUAGUAAAUACAUUUAAAAAUGAAAAAUUAGUUGCUAAACAGUUUCGUACAGAAAUAAACAAGAUGGAAAACAUUCUAAAAAAUUAUAAAAUAGCCAUUAAAGAUGAGAUGAUAAAAAAAUUUAAAAUUGAAACAGAUUGGAAUUUUUUAGACGAAAUGGAAAUGACUAUAAUCAACUAUAUGAUUAUUAACUCUAAGUCAAAGGCCAAAGAUACAAAGGAAUGUUUCCUUCGAGAAAUAAAACUAUUAGAAAAUAAAAUCAGCUCUCAAACAGAGUCAAUAAUUGAUUUGUUAAAAUGGAAUACUUACAAAAUAAAAAUUUUAAAAGAUGUUUGUGGAAACAUAAAUAAAAUUCGACAGUGUUUGAUGGAUCAAAAAAAAAUUAAUGUAAAACUUCAAAAUUUAACAUUGGAAUCAUCAUUUACUACAGAACUUACUACCAUUAAACGUACAUAUGAUACAUUAUUAAAGCAGAAACAAGACAUUAGUGAGAAAAUAAUCAUGUAUAAAUGCAAAGGCAAAAUGUUCCCUCCAAUAGUAAAACAAUCGUGCACAAAGGCAACACCAAGUCAGGCAAUCAAUGACCAGUCCUUAGUUACAACUUCUACUCUACAAGAAGAGAGUGAAGAGUCUUGGACAAUCAAUGAUGAACAACUUACUUACAACAUGGAGUUUAAUGUUGAACCAAAAAUAUCAAAUUUGUCUAAACAAUCAUUAUCACGGUUAACAAAGCAGUCAUCAAAUUAUGAUAGUUUUGAAAAUAUUGAUGAAGUGUACGGAACAAACAAAUGGAUAACUUAUUAUGAUGAUGAAUUGAUACCACCUGCAACAGAGACUGUCGGAGACGUUAUUACAGAACAUAAUGCUUUUAGCGAGAUGAUCGAGUCAGAUAAUAACUUAUCGGACGAUAACAAAUUCAAUGGUAGUCACAGUAAUAUUCAUGGUGACAAUGAACUAAAAAAUGUACACAAAUAAUGAAAGAAACAAAACUAUAAGACAUAAGUAGUAUGCACAUUUAUUUUCAAAUAAUAAAUAUGAAAUACCCGAUUCUUGAAUUUUUGAGAAAAAACUAAAUAAUAAGUACAAAU